CACGAACUUAAAUGAACAAAUCUCACUUAAAAACUCGUGCUUAAGUCUCCAGUUUACUCCCGUCACGUCUGUUGUCGUGGAUAUGAUAUUGUGUUGUGUUGACAUCAUUUUAGUGUGCUAGUGUUAAGUUCAAGUGACGUAUUUAGGGGUUAAUUGUAUUUGGGCAGGACGCUGUGCUGGGCCAUCAUCAGCUGCUGCCAGGAACUGUUCUCACAGAGUAAUGGAAAUAGUAAAUACCAUCACCUAAUGACGGUUGGGAAAGCAGUUGAGUUGGACGGAGCAAGUGACAGAGAAUAGAUCGCCCGCCAUCACCAAGCCGCCACCAUGGAUGACGCCCAUUGCUACCCCUUCGAGGACAUUCUGCAGAAAUUCGGUGUGAAAGAGGAAUCCGGCCUUACUGACGCCCAGGUCAAGGACUACCAGGCGAAAUAUGGCCCCAACGAAUUACCGGCAGAAGAGGGCAAGUCACUCCUACAGCUCAUUCUGGAGCAGUUUGAUGACUUGCUUGUUAAAAUCCUCCUGCUCGCCGCUAUCAUCUCUUUCGUCCUGGCCUGCUUCGAGGAGGGAGAGGAGACCGUCACCGCCUUCGUCGAGCCCUUCGUCAUCUUGCUGAUCCUGAUCGCUAACGCCAUCGUCGGCGUGUGGCAGGAGCGGAAUGCGGAGUCGGCCAUCGAAGCCUUGAAAGAGUAUGAGCCAGAGAUGGGCAAAGUGGUGCGUGCCAACAAGGCCGGCGUGCAGAAGAUCCGUGCCAGGGAGAUUGUGCCUGGAGACAUGGUUGAAAUCUCCGUUGGUGACAAGAUUCCCGCAGAUCUUCGUCUGGUCAGGAUCUUUUCCACGACCCUCCGUAUCGACCAGUCCAUCCUGACUGGAGAGUCCGUUUCCGUCAUCAAGCACACCGAUGCCAUUCCCGACCCCAAGGCCGUUAACCAGGACAAGAAGAACAUCUUGUUCUCUGGCACUAAUGUUUCUGCUGGCAAGGCUCGUGGUGUUGUCAUUGGCACUGGUCUCGCAACUGCUAUUGGUAAGAUCCGUACCCAGAUGGCUGAGACUGAGGAAAUCAAGACGCCCCUUCAACAGAAACUUGAUGAGUUUGGUGAGCAGCUGUCCAAGGUUAUCACUCUCAUCUGUAUUGCUGUUUGGGCUAUCAAUAUUGGACACUUCAAUGACCCUGCUCAUGGUGGUUCCUGGAUCAAGGGUGCUAUCUACUACUUCAAAAUUGCUGUUGCUCUCGCUGUGGCGGCCAUCCCCGAAGGUCUGCCCGCCGUCAUCACCACUUGCCUGGCCCUGGGUACCCGCCGUAUGGCCAAGAAGAAUGCCAUUGUCAGGUCUCUUCCCUCUGUAGAAACUCUGGGUUGCACCUCUGUCAUCUGUUCUGACAAGACUGGUACACUCACCACCAACCAGAUGUCUGUCUCUCGCAUGUUCAUCAUGGACAAGGUCGAGGGGAAUGAUUGCUCUCUUUUGGAAUUCGAGAUCACUGGCUCCACCUACGAACCUAUUGGUGAUAUUUACUUGAAAGGUGCUAAGGUUAAGGGCUCUGACUUUGAGGGUCUGCAAGAACUGUCCACCAUCUCUUUCAUGUGUAAUGACUCCUCUGUUGACUUUAAUGAGUUCAAGAAUAUUUUUGAGAAGGUUGGUGAAGCAACUGAGACUGCCCUUAUUGUUCUUGGUGAGAAGAUCAACCCUUACAACAUGUCUAAAACUGGCCUGGAUCGCCGUUCUGCUGCUAUUGUUGCUAAGCAUGAUAUGGAGACAAAAUGGAAGAAGGAAUUCACCCUGGAGUUCUCACGUGACCGCAAAUCCAUGUCAUCAUACUGCGUGCCCCUCAAGCCUACCCGCCUGGGAACUGGACCAAAGAUGUUCAUCAAGGGAGCUCCCGAGGGUGUCCUUGAUCGCUGCACCCAUGUUCGUGUUGGUACUCAGAAGGUCCCUCUCACAGCUGGUGUGAAGGAAAAGAUCCUGGCUGUCACCCGUGACUAUGGUUGUGGUCGUGACACUCUUCGUUGCCUUGGUCUUGCUACAAUUGAUUCUCCUAUGAAGCCUGAAGAUAUGGAUCUUGGAGAGAGUAGCAAGUUCUAUACCUAUGAGGUUAACAUGACCUUUGUUGGUGUUGCUGGUAUGCUUGACCCACCAAGGAAGGAAGUUAGUGACUCGAUCAAGAGAUGUCGUGCUGCUGGUAUUCGUGUCAUUGUCAUUACUGGAGACAACAAGGCCACUGCUGAAGCCAUCUGCCGACGUAUUGGAGUUUUCGGUGAAAAUGAGGACACGACUGGUAUGUCUUAUUCUGGCCGUGAAUUUGAUGAGCUUAGUCCUGCUGAUCAGAGGCUUGCUGUCAUCCGCUCUCGACUGUUCUCUCGGGUGGAGCCCUUCCACAAGUCAAAGAUUGUUGAGUACCUUCAGGGAGAGAAUGAAAUUUCGGCCAUGACUGGUGAUGGUGUCAAUGAUGCUCCUGCUUUGAAGAAAGCCGAGAUUGGUAUUGCUAUGGGCUCAGGCACAGCUGUAGCAAAGUCUGCUUCUGAGAUGGUGUUAGCCGACGACAACUUCUCCUCCAUUGUAGCUGCUGUUGAAGAGGGCCGUGCUAUUUACAACAACAUGAAGCAGUUCAUCCGCUACCUGAUCUCCUCCAACAUUGGUGAGGUUGUUUCCAUUUUCUUGACAGCUGCUCUUGGUCUCCCUGAGGCUCUUAUCCCUGUCCAGCUUCUGUGGGUCAACCUGGUAACUGAUGGCUUGCCUGCCACUGCUCUGGGCUUCAACCCUCCCGAUCUUGACAUCAUGGACAAGCCCCCCCGCAGAGCCGACGAGUCCCUCAUCUCUGGCUGGCUCUUCUUCCGCUACAUGGCCAUUGGUGGCUAUGUAGGAGCUGCUACUGUCUUUGCUGCAUCAUGGUGGUUCAUGUAUGACCCAACUGGCCCACAACUGAACUACUACCAGCUGUCUCACCAUUUGGCCUGCCUGGGUGAUGCUGAGAACUUUGAAGGUCUGGACUGUGGCAUUUUCAGUCACCCUGCUCCUAUGACAAUGGCCUUGUCUGUGCUGGUCACCAUUGAAAUGCUCAAUGCUCUUAACAGCUUGUCUGAGAACCAGUCACUGCUGGUGAUGCCUCCCUGGGUCAACCUCUGGCUGCUGGCGGCUAUGGCCCUGUCCAUGACCCUCCACUUCAUCAUCCUAUACAUUGACAUCCUUGGUACUGUGUUCCAGGUAAUGCCACUGUCUGUGGCCCAAUGGAUUGCUGUCGUGAAGAUUUCCCUGCCCGUUUUGCUGCUGGACGAGACUCUCAAGUUCAUCGCCCGUAAUUACACCGAUGGUGAGAACCCAAUAUUUUCCUGCCAGUGGAUUGUGCUAGCCUGGGCCCUCUAUUUUGCCUACAUCAAGAUUUACUUCUUUUAACCUCAGUCACCACCCUAACAAAAUGCGCUGCCGGGAAUCAGACCCAUAUUAUUUGGAAACUUUACUCUUUGAUGGGAGCAAGAAAAACAUUGUGAUUUGACUUGUGUAGAAUUUUCCCAUUUGGGGAGGUUUGUCAGAACGGCCUCAUCGCUCAUGGAGAUAAUCAACUUUUUUACAAUGUUUUUGUGUGCCACUUUGGCGCUGUUGUGCUCCCCGCUCUCACUGAAAGGUACAAGUGGGACUGGAAGACUCAGGGUGUGUGACAUGAGUCUUGAAAGUCGGACAAGUGUUGUUGCCCCUAAUUACACCACGUGAAUCAGCUAUUGUUGCUGCUGUGGCUGUCAGCUGCCACUGCUGUUUGCUGCUGUUGCCACUGCUGUUGCUUAAGUUAGGGGCAGUGUGAUUGAUGAGUAUAGUGUACAUAUAUAAUGAAAUGCUGAGAGAGUUGACACAAAAUACAAGACACUUGACCACCUGUCCCAAGAUGGUGGUUGAUUGCCAGACCAAAGCACCUCUGGAACUAAAGGCAGACAAUCUAUUGGAUUAGAUAACUGCCCAAGCUCCAUUCAUUUUAUGUUGAGGGCAAAAUCCUGAAAUUGGGAUCAAGACAUCACUAUUUAUAUAAACCUUUUUGAUAGGGUUGUUUGGUAAAUUUACAAACUAAUGAUCUGCAUUAAUGAAAGUGAAUGCAUGCUUGUGGGAUACAUGAUUCUUCUGCAUUCAGAGUAAGGGAAUAGUCAGUUUUUAUAAGUAAUUUUUGAUGAAAUUAUGAAAUGGUAUUUUUAGGGUACAUAUAGUGAGAUGUCUCAAGUAGACAAUUUUUAAAAUUUGUGCCUUCAUUUUAUUUGGUGGCAUCUGGACCCUGCCUCACCCCACCCAACCCUUCCCCCAGCAUGCCAUUGUAUCCUACCAAGAGCAUUUGGAUGGUUCACAUCUUGUAGAUGUACAUUAAAAGUAUUCCCCUGUAGUGUGUAGUGUAAGGUCAUUGCAGUUUGUAAUAACAUGUGGAUAUGUGCAAUGGAUAAUGUAGUUUUUUAUACAUAACUUUCUUGGUGCAUUAUUACAUAUACAGUACAGUGCUCCUGAUUGGUAUCCUUAUUCAUUCCCCCAAAAGCUGAACUCUUCAUUCAUAAUAGUGUUCAAAUAUCCCCUUAAAACUUCAGAAUGUGCAAUUGACAUAUGUAAUAUAUUUUUACUUUGACCGAUAGGUCAUGGUUAUUACAAGAGAACUAGCAAUUAUUUUAUUUUAAUUUUUAUUUUUUCCAUGGAGUACGUAUUUUGUCAGGAGAUCAAUACGAGUAACUGCAAAAUAUAGUUCAAAAACUUUGCCAUCAUUACCCAUUGCAUCCUUGGGACUGUAUACACAAGGAUCCUGUUGAAGACCCUUAUUUAUGGACUGUGAGGUUGAGUUGUUUGCAUGGCAUAAUUGGUUCUUUGACAGAUUUUGGAAUAAAUUCAUUAUAGUUC